AUGUCGGACUCUGAACCUGUUGCGAGUUCCAGUUCGACCGCCGCCAUCCAAAAUCUAACCAAAAAGUUCCGGCACCUGGGACGUCUCCCUUCCAGCUGGGUGAAAGCAUUGGAUGACCGGAAUGUGCCAGCAGAAUCCUACUUGUGCGACACCUGCAGCCGCCUUGAUCUGAAGGUGGAAUCAUUUCUAGUCCAGCCGGACGACAACAAAUAUCAAGAGGCCCACAAGUUUCGAUAUUUAGGGAGACUGUCCCAGAUCCGGAGGCGGACACAUUGCCCUUUCUGCCGCCUAGUCCUGCAAAUAGCAGAUCGUCCUCCCGAUCAACGGACUCCUUCUCUUCACGCCGACGACGACCCAGUAUGUUAUGCAAAAUGGGUGGUGGACGGUCAAGAAGACUUGGGGCCGGACCCUAACAGGCCCGGAGAACACAUCUACCAGCCGAAGACACGGCGGCUGCUCAUAUACAGUGACCCUCAGGCCUUCAAAGAUGGUUACCUAGUCCUGUUAGCGGACGAUGCUCCAAGUCGGGAAUUCUUUGGCCGCAGGAUCAGCUCGCCCGAUCUGCUAGACCCUGACCUCAUUCGUCAGUGGAUCCGGGACUGUGAGACAACACAUGGGAAUGAUUGUGAAGAGUCUCUGGUGCACCCGGACCUGCUCGGCCAGCCGAAGAAUGUCUUCCGUGUUGUCGACGUGGAACAGAUGUGUAUUGUCGAGACCCCACAGACUUCGAGAUACGUCGCUUUGAGCUAUCUUUGGGGCAAGAACUUUGCUCAACUCUUUACAACAUCGAAGAAUCUUCCAAGGUUAUCACAACCGGGAGCUUUGGAAAAGGAGAAGCUUCCACGAACGAUCAAGGAUGCCAUCAGACUUACUAAGAUGCUUGGGGAGAGGUUCUUGUGGACUGACAGCCUGGCCCUCAUGCACGACGACGGUUUCCAAUAUCAUGAUGACUGGGUGUAUGCACGUGCCGCCCUGACGGUGGUAGCUGGGUCCGGUAAAGACGCCAAUGCAGGCUUACCAGGAGUCAGAAAGGAGUCAAGGAAAUUCCACCAAGAGAUCGAGGAGGUUGUACCUGGCUUGCGGCUUAUGGUGUCGCAUCUUGCAGAAGAUUACAUCUCGACUUCACAAUGGGAUUCCCGUGCCUGGACUUUUCAGGAAAGGAUGCUCUCCCGGAGGUGUUUGCUAUUUGUGAAUGGCCGCAUCUACUACCAGUGUCGACGAACGACCUUUUGCGAGGACAUGGAGAUGCCUCGAAGUAACGGAUGGUCUCUCGACUCGAUUGACAUGCCGACCCGGAUAUUCAAGGAGAAACCGUUUGUUCAGUUCACCUCGGCCGUGGAGUUGUAUACACGACGUGAACUCACUAACCCGAAUGAUAUAUUGAACGCAUUUGAGGGCGUCCAGCUUGUGCUGGAGAAGCGGAUCGGAGCAAAGAUCUAUUAUGGUGCUUUGGAAACGAUGAUGGACUCGUCCCUGAUCUGGGAAUCUACCAAGAGGCUCUAUCGCCGGCCAGGAUUCCCUAGUUGGUCAUGGUCCGGUUGGAUUGGAGAGGUCCAGUGGAAGUACACCGAACCAGCGCAGUCGUGGAUUGAGUGGCAUGCUGAUCAGGACGUGGGGAUUCAUCCUUUCCCCCGGCAAGAAUAUGCGCGAAUACCACCGCCUUUGCCCCGUCCAGAAAAUCGACGACCAGUUUCCCGACACAAUUUGAGCACGAGCUUCCCCUUGUUGCAUUUCCGAACAGUCACAGCUGUCUUCCAGCUCACUUCCCCUGCGCUCAUUCACAAAUCAGUCAUCUCACCUCUUCGCAAACGACUUACAGGUCCAAGCGCCUUAUCCACGGUGAGACCAGCACCGGCUGAUCCAGGACUGAUCCGCGCAGGACUCGCGGAUCGCAAUGGACUUUGGUGUGGAACCAUCGAUCUCAAUGUAGAUUGGAUGCCGCGGGCCGGCGCACCAUUUGAAUUUUUGAUUAUGUCCAGAGUGAGUCAUUUCACAGACGAUGAACUCGCAAUCUGGGAGGGUACAUUGCCGGACGAUAUUGAAGAUAUGCUUUCACGACGCGAAUAUGGAGUUUAUAAUGUCAUGCUGGUUUCCAGAAAGGACGGCAUAUAUUACCGGGAAGGGCUGGGGCGUAUAUUGACGGAAGCCCUGCAUAGGGCCUUGGAGGCCGGGCCGGAAUGGAAAGAAAUAGUACUUGGGUGA